AUGACUAAAGUUAAUCAAGAUUAAUUGAACAAUUAUGUUAGGUAUUUAAAGCUUAGGUAAAUGAAAUUGUUUUAUGAGAUUGGAAAUUUCCAUGAAACAGGAAAAAUAGCAUUAUAAAUGUUUGAAGAAUUAAAGCAAUCUAAGAAUACUUAUGAAGCUAUUAGUUUGAUUAAUGAAAUAGCAAUAUAGAUGAUUGAUGUAAAGCAAUUUUAAGUUGCAUACAAUAUUCUCAAAAUGUUAGUUGAUCAUAAUGAAAAAAACAAUUAUACAAGUUAUCCAGAUGAAGAGUUCUAUGAAAUAUCUUUUCUUUACAGUAGCUGUUGCUAUAUUCUUUAAAACUUUAAUGAUGCAGCUAAAUAUGCUAUGUAUUGCUAUUAGUUGAUCUAGAAGAAUAAUUUUCCUGUUGAAAAACCUUACAACUGUCUGGUAGUCGCCUCUAUAUGUUACAAAUAGCUCAAAAAUACAAAUGAAUUGAAAAAGAUUUAAGAAGAAAUAAGAAAAUAUCCUGAUGUUAAUCUAGAAUAGCAUAACUUUCAAAAUUUUUAACUUUUCAAAGGUUUACAUAGAACAAGUGAAUAUGAAUAAGAAUACAAUUCGUUGAAAUAAUAGGAAGAACUCUAACAAAAAAAAGAAGUUGAAAAUGGUAAAGUUCUUGUUUGGAAUUAAGAAGUAGAAGAAAAAGCAUUAUCUCUUUUGAAAAAUAAUUAAUUUGAUGAAGGUUUAGCAUACUUAGAACAGUUGUUAAAAAAAUUAGUUCAAAAAAGUGAUUGGCUUUAAAUUGCUAAUAUUAAGGAGAGGUAGGCAGAGUUUUACAGAUAAAAGAACUAAAUAGAUAAAUCUAUUGAAAUCUCUUUAGAAGUUAACAAAAUGCUCCUAGAAAACAGAAACUAGCUUCUUUUAUAAGAUUCACUUACUCUUUUGAAUCUUAAUCAUUUGAAGAAUUUGUAUUACUCUAAGAAAGAUUUUGAAUAUUCAGUGUUUUGGGGUAGAAAGUGGACACAUUAUUGCUUUUAGAAUCAUAUUUUUACAGUUUUUGAUUAAUAAGUACUUAUCAGUAUGUUUUUCCACAUCGAAUCACUUAAAUAACUUUAAAGGUAUUAAGAAGCUUUGAGCUAUUCUUAUCAUGUUAACAGAUACUUAUAAAACGUUGAAAUUGAUCACUCUACCUUAUACAAAGCUAUUCUUCAGCUUACUAUGGAGUAAUUUUAACUCUAAAACAAACUAAAAAAUUUGAAAGAAUCUAACUUCCUUGCAUAAAGAGCAUGCGAGAUGAUUAGACCAAUUAAAGAUUAAAUUAAAGAUUUAUAUCAUCUCUACUUAAAAAAAGCAGCAUACUUGUCUUUUGAAACGAAUGAUAUUGAGGGAAAAGAAAAAUAUGGGUUGGAAUAUUUACAAGUUAAAAAAGAUAUGAAAAUAACUCCUGAAGAUCAAAAUCUUAUUUUGGAAAUCAAUCUUCACUUUAUAACAAAAUAUCUUGAUUCUAAUAAAUUUGAAGAAGCAGAAAAAUUGAAUAAAGAAAGUUUAGAAAUUCUUAAAACUUGUAAGUAUCCAGAAAUGAAAUUCUAGGUUCUUAUGGUUCAAUCAAUGAUAGAAGCACAGUUCAAUAGAUUCGAUUAGAUAGAAGAAUUUUAUAAGUAAGUGGAAGAUCUACUUCAAAGCGAAUUAAAGGGGUGUCUAGCUGGUAAAUUUCAGCAGAAACUAUGA